UUCACUCCAAAAACCCAAUCAGACAAGUGGCCGUAAUCUGACUCCCAGUGCACUGGGAGCUGUGGGGCAGGCAAUGAGAGCUGCACUCUGGCCAGGGAAGGCAUGAGUGGCAGACCUGAAGCAAGGCAGUGGGGUAAGUGUGGACCUUUGUGUAGAAGAGAGAGCAUCAUGGUGGCCUUCAAAGGGGUCUGGACUCAAGCUUUCUGGAAGGCAGUCACAGCGGAAUUUCUGGCCAUGCUUAUCUUUGUUCUCCUCAGCCUGGGAUCCACCAUCAACUGGGGUGGAACGGAAAAGCCCUUACCUGUCGACAUGGUUCUCAUCUCCCUUUGCUUUGGGCUCAGCAUUGCAACUAUGGUACAGUGCUUUGGCCACAUCAGCGGUGGCCACAUCAACCCUGCUGUGACAGUGGCCAUGGUGUGCACCAGGAAGAUUAGCAUCGCCAAGUCUGUCUUCUACGUCGCCGCACAGUGCCUGGGCGCCAUCAUCGGAGCUGGGAUUCUCUACCUCGUCACACCUCCCAGUGUGGUGGGGGGCUUGGGGGUCACCACGGUUCAUGGAAGUCUUUCUGCUGGUCACGGUCUCCUGGUGGAGUUGAUAAUCACAUUUCAGCUGGUGUUUACUAUUUUUGCCAGCUGUGAUUCCAAACGGACUGAUGUCACUGGUUCAGUAGCUUUAGCAAUUGGAUUUUCUGUGGCAAUUGGACAUUUAUUUGCAAUCAAUUACACUGGUGCCAGCAUGAACCCUGCCCGAUCCUUUGGACCUGCGGUUAUCAUGGGAAAUUGGGAAAACCACUGGAUAUAUUGGGUUGGACCAAUAAUAGGAGCUGUCCUCGCCGGUGGGCUUUACGAGUAUGUCUUCUGUCCAGAUGUUGAACUCAAACGUCGUUUUAAAGAAGCCUUCAGCAAAGCUGCCCAGCAAACAAAGGGGAGUUACAUGGAAGUGGAGGACAACAGGAGUCAGGUAGAGACUGAUGACCUGAUCCCAAAACCUGGAGUAGUGCACGUGAUUGACAUUGACCGGGGAGAGGAGAAGAAGGGGAAAGACCCGUCCGGAGAGGUGUUGUCUUCAGUAUGACUAGAAGAUGGCACUGAAAGCAGACAGGAACACUUAGAACUGUCCUCAGAUUUCCUUCCACCCAUUAAGGAAACAGAUUUGUUAUAAAUUAGACAUGCGCAGGGU